CCUGGGUGGGUGGAAAUCAAGGCAUUUGAUCUGAAUUCUGAAGAGUCUUGUUAGCCUCCAUAAAGAGCAGCAUUGUGUAUAAAUGGGUUAUAUAAGUGCAUAUGACAGCCAUGGUGCAGGGUUGUGGCUAGUAGCGCGUAAAUGCAUUGCGUCUGCAAAGGGCAUGCUGACCAUUAGCGAGGCCAAAAGACGAUUCCUGGAAAUGUCUCUUUAUUAUCUCAGCUGAAGUCUUCAAUCCAACCAUGAAUUGGGCUUCGUUUUAUGCCGUGAUCAGUGGUGUGAACAGGCAUUCGACGGGCAUCGGACGCAUCUGGCUGUCGGUCAUCUUCAUCUUCCGGAUCAUGGUGUUGGUCGUGGCGGCUGAGAGCGUGUGGGGAGACGAGAAGUCUGGGUUUACAUGCAACACUCAGCAGCCCGGCUGCAACAGCGUGUGCUACGACCAGUUCUUCCCCAUCUCUCACAUCCGCCUCUGGGCUCUGCAACUCAUCCUGGUCUCCACGCCGGCCCUGCUGGUCGCCAUGCACGUCGCACACCGCCGGCACAUUGAGAAAAAGAUCCUCAAGAUGUCCGGCCGGGGAAGUGAAAAGGACUUCGAGAACAUAAAGAGACAGAAGUUCGAGAUCGCCGGUGCUCUGUGGUGGACUUACAUGAUAAGCAUCAUUUUCCGCAUCAUUUUCGAGGUGGUUUUCUUGUACAUUUUUUACUACAUCUAUCCAGAUGUCAAGAUGUUUCGUCUUGUGAAGUGUGACUCCUACCCCUGCCCCAAUACAGUGGACUGUUUUGUGUCCCGUCCCACAGAGAAGACCAUUUUUACUGUCUUCAUGCUGGCGGUGUCUGGAGUUUGUGUCUUGCUGAACAUCGCAGAGGUUGUGUAUUUAAUAGGUCGGGGGUGUAUCAAAUAUUUUCAAGGAGCUGUAAGUCAACCUAAAGGACCGUGGCUCACUCAAAAACUGCCAACCUACAAGCAGAAUGAAAUAAAUCAGCUGAUAUCAGAGCACUCGUUCAAGCCUAAAUUCAAUGUUGGGCGUAAACCUCCCACAGACAAGAGCGAACGCUGCUCUGCUUUCUAGACUUGUUUCAUCCAACUAUCAGUUAUUAAAGGGUUAGUUCACCCAAAAAUGAAAAUUAUGUCAUUAAUGACUCACCCUCAUGUCGUCCCAAGCCCGUAAGACCUCCGUUCAUCUUCGGAACACAGUUUAAGAUAUUUUAGAUUUAUUCCGAGAGCUUUCUGUCCCUCCAUUGAAAAUGUAUGUACGGUAUACUGUCCUUGUCCAGAAAGGAAAUAAAGACAUCAUCAAAGUAGUCCAUGUGACAUCAGUGGGUUAGUUAGAAUGUUUUGAAGCAUCGAAAAUACAUUUUGGUCCAAAAAUAACAAAAACUACGA